GUUGUUUUUUUAUGAAAAAAAAAUGUCUCAAUAGGGGAGAAGAUCUUAUUUGAAGAGAUGACUGACUAUGGAGAUGAUGGAAUGGAUCUGGGGAGUGACGCUUCGAGCCGGUCCUGCUCGGACACCAGUUCCAGCAUGGUGACGCCGUCCUCUCCCAGCAUGCACCUGGUCACCCUAGACGACUGCGAGGACGACGAGGACUACCAGGACUACAAGAGGAAGGUGCUGGAGGGGUGGGAGGGGGCCGGAUGCGAACCGGUGAACAGCCGAAGCCUGGCGGAGGAGUUCCGGGACGUCCCGAGCCCCCCGCCCUCGCUCCACGGGCCCCUGGCCACCACGGCCGCCGCCGUCCCGGAGGAGCUGAAGCAGAACGGGAACCUCAUCUUCGUCCCGAACCGUCAGCCGCUCUCCGCCAUCCCGAGGGCAGGGCAGCGGCUGGCGGGCGGGACGGGGACAGCAGGGGCACUGGGGUACCCUCGCUGUGACAGGGGGUCAGGCUGCAGGACCCUCACGUACGAGCACCUCCAGGUGCCCGCCAUCGACUGGACCGCUCUGGAGAAGCACCUGGCCGAGCUGCCCAGGGAGAGGGAGGGGGGACGUGGUCAGAACCAAAACCUGCGAAGAACCAGCUCCACCUCAGCCCAGAAGAACGAGAGAGAGUGCAUCCGCCAGAAGCUGGCGCUGGGCAGUUUCUUCGAUGAAGACCCGGAUCUCUACACUAACUGCGGCAAGAACACCAAGCCUAAUGUGUCCUCACGGCUCCCGAACGGAAUGAACCUGCAGAUCUGUUUCGUCAACGACAGCAGCAGUGACAAGGAGAGCGACGCGGACGACAGCAGGACAGAGACCAGCCUGGACACGCCCCUGUCCCCCCUGAGCAAGCAGAGCUCGUCUUGCUCGGACCGGGACAUGACCGAGGACGACUCGGAGCCCCUGGACGACUCGGACUUCCUGAGCCGACAGAGGAAGCUGCAGGCGGAGGCCAAGCUGGCGCUGGCGAUGGUCAAGCCCAUGGCCCGGAUGCAGGUGGAGGUGGAGAGGCAGAUCCGCAAGAAGUCGCCCGUGGCCGACCUGAUGGUUCACUUGCCCCACAUCAGUGAGUGUUUGAUGAAGAGGAGUUUGAGACGGAUUGAUCUAAGGGACAUGACUCUUGGUCAGCUACAGGUCAUCGUCAAUGACCUACACUCACAGAUCGAGAGUCUCAAUGACGAGCUGGUUGAAAUGCUGCUGGUGAGAGAUGAGCUCCAGGUGGAGCAGGACGCCAUGCUUGUAGACAUCGAGGACCUGACCAGGCACGCAGAGACCCAGCAGAAGCACGUGACAGAGAAACUGAUCACCAAAUAAGGCCCCGCCCCGCCUCACCUUUCCCGCCCCACCCCUGCCGCCCCGUCUAGGUGGUCGUCGUGGAAGAGGGUCGUGCUUCCAUUCGGCCCCCCCCUCCCCCGCUUCCCUGCGGUCGUGCCAUCACCGUCGAGGGCAUUCUUCCAGGAGGAGGAAAACAAGACGAAAAGGACUUUACAGACCGCGCUGGCUGCGCCACACACACACACACACAGUGUGUGUUACUGCCCCACGUGUGACAGCCCUGCACCUUACGCACAGAGACUGUGGUCACUGUAAAACACUGCUCGAUCGGGUCUGGUUUGAUGGUUCGACGGACGUAGCAUCGGUAUCAGUUAUUGAUACCGUCCAGGGCUGUCUUAGCAGUGACCGGCUGCACUUCCUCAUAGUACCUGUGUGACAUUCUUACAUUUUCCACUAAAUUAGAAAGGCCAAUUUAAUAAAUGAGUUGGUGUAAAGAAUAAAUAAAACAAAGAGUCAAUCAAGCAAAAUUGAUGAAAUAGAAAUGUAAGUAAGAACUAAAAAAAAAAAAAAACUAACCUUCGAAAAUUUAAUUUGGAAAGUAUUUUUAAGUUCAGAUCAGUCCAAUGGUGGUUUUCAGAGCUGGGAGCAGAGCUUUUAUCAGAAGGUGCUAAAUGAGAGAGAGUAUGUUCCUGCCAGGUAGGGAAAUGUCUACCAUUUGGUAAUGGGUUCAGUGUAAUCAGUCUUCAGCGUUCUGUGAAGGUUGAUUUUCUGACAUGAAUCAUUUUAUGUGAAUGUGUUGUCAGUUUCACACUAUUCUAUUCAGAGUAUUA